ACACACAUAUUCUAUCGCCAAUUAGUUACUGUUUCCAUGUUCCAGUAUGUCUGCCAGCAUUCGUCCACCAGAUAAGACAGGAAUUGGUGGUCCUGCACCUUUGCCUGCAAAUCCUGGGAACGUGUUAAAAACACCAGAUGAUAGCAUGAACAGUACAACUAACCAAACAAAUGGUACUGUGCCUGUUAAUGAGGCGAAACAGAAUGAAACAGGAUCGGCAACAAACAUGCCAACAAAUGCAGGUGAAACCACCGGAAGUAUGGAUUUAAAAUCACCAUUUGAAGAGAAACCAGGACGCACUCCUGACAAAAUGACACCAAAUGGAUCUAAAUCAGUUUCAUAUCCAAUAGGAGGUGUCAGUCCACAACACGAUAAUGGGACAAACAGACCAGUAAGACCGAUUUCUGCAAAAUCAAUGGCCGAUGUUUUAAAAGCAGAUUUAAUGGUUUGUCCAAUAUGUGACAAGGAGAUGACUGCGCCAAAGCAAUUUCCAUGCCUUCACGCAUUUUGCGAGGGUUGUAUUUCCUCUAAUGUGGCAAACCUAAAAGAUGAGGAUCCCCAUUGUCAAAUUCGAUGUCCAGUUUGCGAAAUUCCAGUUUCAAAUUCGCGUAAUUACGUUGACGCCAAAGUUUUUGCUGAAAGCUUACCGCCGAGUCUUUUCAUUUCGUCUUUGUUAGUACAGAAACAGAUAAAACAAAAGCAAUGUAAACCUUGUAACAAUUCUGGAAAGAGAACAUCAGCCGACUCAUGGUGCUCUUACUGCGCAGAAACUUUGUGCCCUGAGCAUUUGUCUUACCACAACGCUCUUACGUCACCAUCCAUACAUCAUGUGUUUAAGAUGUCACAAAUCGAGAAAAAUCCUCAGAUAGCGGAAACUUCCGGGAAAUGUAAUAUUCAUGAAUACGAAAGGAUCAAAUAUUUUUGUCAAGACCAUAAAUUUCCUUGCUGUGAGAUCUGCUGGAAAUCAAGUCAUGAGUUAUGCGAUGUUGAAUCUUUGGAAUUGGCCGCAUCUAGCGUCAAGAACAAACCCGAAACAACCAGGCUGAUUGGGGAUUUAGCAAUUAUGGGAUCACAUUCAGAACAUAUUCUCCAAGACAGGAGGAGAAAUAUAGAUGAUCUAGAGCACCAGAAAUCAGAAGAGAAAAAAUCUGUUAAAAAAAUGCGCGAACAAAUAAAUGAACAUCUGGACAAACUUGAGAGUAGCAUGAUGGAUGAUCUUGAUAAAAUUCAUCGCCAAAAGACAAAAGAGAUUGAAAAGGAAGUCCAACUUUUUGAACAUAAACAACAAAGUGUUUCCUUUUAUAAGCUUUUAUUGGAAAGUGUCUUAAAGAACUCAUCAGAUGUCUUAGCGUUGACGGAACUUGCUAAAAUUAGACACCAGUGUAAAAUCCUGGACGAAAAUUUGCAUCAUAGAAUAUCGAAACUCAAACGCACAGAUUUUUCUGUUGUUUCAAAUAAUUUAGCUGGAAACAUGGGAAAGCUGGCAGAAGUAGAAAUCAAACAAAGGCCGAUAACUCCUCCAACAGCAUUUGAAUCACGACCAAAACACAGCGGAAUCUUAACACCAAGAUCUAAACUUCUCCAUCCUUCGCGGCGGGAAAAGGGCAAUACCUUUCUUGUUCUAAGAUAUUCCAGCAGUAAAAUAACAGGAGGGUGUUCAUUGAAGUCGUCACUUCUUCUAGUUGAUAAUCGCGGUAAAGAAAUACGCGGUUAUUCAAUAGAAGGUCAUAGAGAGGAAAAACAGGUUUUCUCGUUUAAAGCGGAAUCGGAAGCAAACCCGUUUGACAUCACAGUUCUACCACCACGACGCUCGACUAUAAUGGUGAUCGCUACAAUUCCUCUGAAAAAUCGAUUGCAAGUUCUGGAGUUCGGAGAUGACCACAAUACAAAAGGAGCUUAUUACAAGACCAAUGGAAAAUGCUACGGAAUAUCGUAUAUGGAUGGAUAUAUUAUAGUUGCAUGUCAUACAAAGCUUGAAAUAUGGCGAAUGGACGAGGACUAUAAUUUGAUGUUCGAGAGAAGCAUUUUGACCAAAGGGGAUCACGUGAACUACGUCUGUGCAGCCGACAACAGGAUUUAUUAUUCUGAUUCGGCAGACAAAGGUUCUGUAGUUUGCACAACUUUAGAUGGCACCAAUAUUUUUGCUUAUAGUCAUCAUAAUCUGCGGAUGCCAAUGGGAGUAGUCUUAGAUCAAAGCGGGAAUGUGUAUGUAGCUGCAUACUACUCGAAUAAUAUACAUUUGAUAAGUCCCGAGGGUGUCCUAAUGAAAGUAACAACACCAAAAGAUUCGCACUUCAAUAAACCAUUAUUUCUCAUUGAAAUGGACGGUAAAAUUUUUGUUACAUAUGACAAACACAAAAUAACGUCAUUGCAUUGACACUGUACUCUCCCGAAUUGGUGUGCUGUGCUGUGUGUAUGUCCAAAUAAAAAGAUAAAAAAUAUCUAUUGUAGACCUGAUGUACAUUGGUGAUUGGUGAGGUUGCUGCCUCAUCGACGUCUUUCCGUCCGUCCGAAAGACCUCGGGUAGCAUGCAGCGACUAAGGUUCAGACCAGGUAUUGGUCUUGUUCAUAUACUUGUAUAUCAAUGAAUUCUUCACGUAUGUUAAUGGUUGAAAUACUGGAUUUAGACUCUGACUGUUGUAUAUUUUUGUAAUCCAUUUUAACUGGACUGUUUUUUCAAAUGAUUUGUUCUGUCCUUCUUCGAUACAAGAGUUUCUAUUGCUACAUUGGUAACUUUUUUAAUUACAUUUCAACUUGAAAUCAAAUUACCAUUCUAAUAUACUUUUAAAGUGGCGAUUGUUGUUCACUAAAACACUUUUGCUGUAUCUCAAAUAUAUCUUACAUCAUUUUAGCAUCCUCAUCUCCAUACCCAAAAUAUUGUGUGCAUGUCAGAAAAUGAAGGUAGAAUACUUGUAUCAGUAAAAUAUCACAAAACCACAAAAAUAGGAGUAAACACAGUCAGAAUCGCAUGAACUCCAAUUAAGUCAUUCUACACAUCUUGGCAGGUUAUAUAUAUGCAGGGUACCGAGAUCUGCCGAGGUUGGUCGAAUACAAAAAUGCGAGACCAUGACAAGCUCAUCAUCGUACGAAUUAUGCGUGGAUUAACCGGCAUGCGAUUCCAAAGUAAUGUCCAGUGUCAAGUAUCACUGACAGGCAACCAAAAACAAAAACAGUAAAUUCCGACGGAAUCUGAUGGAAUCUAUCACAAAUUUACAUUUUAGUUAUAUAAAAUAAGGUGAUGCGGUAUGCCUUCGAAUGAGACAACUAUUUAGAGAGGUCAAAUAACGUGGAUUUAAGCCAUUAAAGUCCACCGUACGACCUUCAACAAUGAGCUAAACCCAUACCAUAUAGUCAGCUAUAAAAAAAGCCUCGACAUGAAAUAAAAUGUGAAAUAAUUCAAUCGAGAAAAAAACGACCAGUUUUAUGAAAACAAAAAUAUACGAACUGAACAAAUAUAACAGACAGCAACCAUGCAACGACAACCACUGCAUUACAGGUUGCUGACUUGGAACAGGCACAUAAAUAAAGUUGCGGGGUUAAACAUGGUUGUUAGCGCUCAACCCUCUCUCUAAGUUGAGAAAGUUUAGAAACUAAGACAAUUUUUGUACCAAAAUCAAUGUUGCAAGCCCUUAGACAAAGUUUUAUUUAGGGCUUACCUGUUCUUUUUGGGUUUCCAAACUUUAUACAAAAAUAAGGAGAUGUUGUUUAAUUCCUUAUAUAUCUGACAACUAUGCACCUAAUUCAAUAAGACAAAGCUGUAAACAAAUCUCAGUACUGAACUCGUGGGUUAUACUUAUACAUCCCAAACUGUCAAAAUGUUAAUAUACAGCAAUAAUUUAUUAUAAACAACAACAUAUGUAACUGAUGAAUAAAUCCUAAACAUUU